AAUAUGUAUGUUGCCAUGGUAGCAUGUUUUUCGGAGCAAUAUAUUGCAAUGCCGUUCGUGCACGUGUACCACCACCUUAAGCGGACUCUUGCAUCCGUGGCUUUAAACACAUAGUAAAUCGAAGAAAAAUUGUCAAAACAAUCAAACAAAUGCACGUGUGUUGUUCAAUCGGGUUGUGGCUGCCGGUGCACAUUCAGUUUUGUAAAUAAUCGCCCGAGAAAGUGUAUAAAGUUUUUCUCAUGGGGUUAACAAAGCAGUAUCUGGCAUAUAAGCCGGUAUCGAGCUUCAACAUAAUCGCUAGCGGUCGUGCCAACAUUUCGUUCGUCACGAUUAACCAUGUCGUCGGCCGGUAUGUGGUUGUGGCUGCCGCAGAGAAGGUUCUUGUAUGGGACAUGAGGAUUGGCGAGAAGGUAGUUGAAUUUGUUCGCGACAAACAGGAGGUAACCUUCUUGCGCACCACCCCUGACAAUAAGCUGCUUGCGGUGGGUUAUUCCGACGGAUUGGUGGAACUGUUCAGCUUCGAAAGUAAGCAGUCCGUAUGCAGCUUUGCUUCGCAUCGUUCAGCCGUUAGUGCGCUGAAUUUCGACCUGCUUGGAUUAAAGCUUGUAUCCGGAGGGCUGGACAACGAUCUGGUGGUAUCGGACGUAGUGAGCCAAACGGGAAAAUGUCGACUCACCGGCCAUACCGCCCCAAUAACGCAAGCCUGUUUCAUGCAACGCUUUCAAGACGUAGUCGUGUCCAGCUCGAAAGACACGCAGAUAAAAUUUUGGAACAUAGAAACGCAAUGUUGCUUCAAAACGAUUGUCGAUCAUCGCACCGAGGUGUGGGAUAUUGUUCUGAUGCGAAACGACGAUUUUCUCGUGUGUGCUACGGCUGAUACGCAGCUUUCUGUGUACAAAAUAUCUCCCAUCACCGAUGAACCGUCGUCAAGUGCGGCGGUAGUGCAAAGCCCCGAAGAAGAAAGUACCGUCAGUCCGUUCCGAUGCACCGCUGCUGGAAGCAUACAACGGGCCGGACACGGGCGCACAAUUAACCUCGUAGCCGACGUCAAUGGUCAGGUGCUCGGAUGCCACGGUACGGACAGGAAGAUUGAACUGUUCUACUUUUGUUCCGAGGACGAGUCCGUGAAGAAGCUGGCGAAGCGUUUAAAAAAACUAAACACAAACAAAACAAAAACGAUAGAGAAUGGACAGGAUGGGCAUGAUGAACGGGAAGCCAAUGUACGGCAGCUGGCACUCACCGAUGAAGUGAAGCGCCUUACAACGAUAGCCACCCCGGAAAAGGUGAAAUCGUUCGAUCUGCUGCUUGGUAGCCGGAAUGAGCUUCGCAUCUGUUGUACGUUUUUGAAAAACUUUGUCCAACUGUUUUCGCUCGAUAUGGACGCUAAAAAUGCCGAACCGGAAACGCUGUACGCGUUGCAAAAGCAAGGCCACCCGUCCGAAGCACGCACCGUUACAUUCAGCUCCGACAAUCUUGCGAUUGCGUCUGGCAGUGCGGAAUCGCUCAAGCUGUGGAGUCGCGCUUCCCAGGGCGUUCUACGAACGGUCGACACGGAUGGGUACGUAGUGAGCACGUGCUUUGUGCCGGGUGAUCGACACGUGCUGGUGGGUUUAAAAUCUGGCGAGCUACUCGUGGUGGAUGUGGUUCCCGGCGAAAUUAUCGAGCGUAUCGAAGCACACGAGAAGGAACUGUGGAGCAUCAUACUAACGCCGGACAAACACGGAUGUGUUAGCGGGGGCGGUGAUACGACGGUGAAAUUCUGGUCCUUCGAGCUUAUCGGUCACAGUGACGGAUCGGACCAGAAGGUCCUUUCGCUGUUGCACAAAAAUACGCUAAAGUUGGAGGAAACGGUACUAUGCGUACGGAUUUCCCAGAAUGGCAAGUACAUUGCGGUUGCCCUGCUCGAUAAUACGGUGAAAAUUUUCUUCCUGGACAGUCUUAAAUUCUACCUUUCGCUUUACGGCCACAAGCUGCCCGUUAUCGCGAUGGACAUUUCGUACGAUUCGACCCUUAUCAUAACGGGUUCUGGCGAUCGUACGAUUAAAAUUUGGGGCAUGGAUUUUGGCGAUUGCCAUCGAUCACUCCUCGCGCACGAUAAUACCGUGACGGCGAUUCAGUUCAUUCCCAACACGCACAUGUUCUUCUCCUGUGCCAAGGAUGGAAAACUGAAGCAGUGGGAUGCGGACAGCUUUCAGAAGAUCAUCACCCUACCCGGUCACUUGGGGGAAGCGCACGCGCUAGCGAUCAGCCCGAAUGGCAAGUACAUCGUUAGCUGUGGUUCGGAUCGAACCCUGCGAUUGUUCCAUCGCACGGAGGAGCCACUCGUUUUGCAGGACGUACAGGAAGAAGAGCGCGAGGAGCUAGAAAAUGCAACGCUUGCCACGGGCGAAGAAUCCACAGUGCCCGGGCUGCCCGGUCUUAGGCUUCCGUCGAAGAAAACCAUCGGCUCGGAGAAGGGCGCAGAAAGUAUACUCGAGUGUCUGGAGGUUAGCAAAGAGUACGAGGACGAAGGCGGCAAAGGUCCGUUGCCUCCGCUAAUGUUCGCCUACUCGGCUACCAACACCGACGAGUUUCUGCUCACUGUGCUUUCCCGCAUCCGGGCGAGCGAUCUCGAAGAGUCACUGCUUCUGCUGCCGUUCAGUGCCGUGUGUGUGCUGCUCGAAAAAGUACCAAAGCUUACCGUUGCCCGGCAGGAUUACACGGAGCUGAUCUGUAAGGUAGUGCUGUUUCUGUUCCGCGUGCACCAGAAACCGAUCGUGAGCAAUCAGGUGUUGCUUCCGGUGAUACAGAAGAUCGUUCCAACGCUACAGGCGGCGGUCAGCGAGUUGCGAGACAUGGUUGGAACGAACCUUCAUGCAGGCCAGAUGUUGCAGCGCGAGCUGGAGGAAAAUGACGGUUGUGUGCUGUUCCGGGAUGCAACGAAACAGCGCAUCCAGCGCGAUCGCCGCCGGAAGCGACGAGAAGCUUCUAAGCGAAAGUUAAUGCAGAUCGUUAAGUAGUCCACCAGCGGGUGUCAUUUCCCAAGGUUCAAUAAAUGUACGCAUGCUCUUUACAGCAAUAGUUACCGUCUGUU